AUGCCGGGCAAGGAGAAGGGCAACGGCCCGCGACGGUACAAGGGGAACCGGCUUUUCCGGCCUCCAUCCGGACUGCUCUCGUCCGUGGUGUGUCCCGAGGUAACUGCCGCGUCUUCGACACGCACCCCAAGUGCAACGCACUCCACCUCGGAUACAAGCGUCGUAUCGCAAGAGAGUGUACCGGACCCAGCCAUACCGGCAUCGGGUUCUGGAUUCUCGCGCGUUGUCUACAUGCACGGGAGCCCGCCCCGCUCGACCCGCGGGGACUUGUCACACUCGGUCAGCGCCGAUGCGCUCGUACCGCGAACUGCCUUGGACCAUCUUCUUGCAUCGCUAGACAAUGAUGCGCGCCGCAAAGGCGACCCAGUGUGCCGGAGUGUAUCUGCGACCACCCUUUCGAUGGAGACACCGCUGCCGAGCCCGCCAGCCGUACGCGCCAUUCCGACGCCGGUGGGCAUUGAUGAGUGCGCAGUGUCGGACACGGAAAGUGAUCACAGCAUCGAAUCGCGGCAUGUAUAUUUUGACGAACAGCGCUUGCAUAAACAGAGCUCGCUGCAAGUGCUACGACAUGAGGCGCGGAUGCGCCGCGUUGCUUUUCAAAACGCAACGCACUACGAUAAACGCUACGCGAUGGACAGCCUUAUGCAGACGCUGCAAGCGCAGAUUGAAGAUGCUGGAAGUAGGUUGCGCGGCGUCCCUGGCGCCGCAGACCAGUGGUCGCUGCAAGCGCCGCGGGCGCCGUGCGAGCUUUCCUAUACAGUGCGCCAAACCCCACGCUCCCGCGCGCCGGCAUCGCUCCCCACCUGGCAAGGGCCCGUGAACAGCGCGCGCCCUUUUGCUUUUCAUCUUGCCAUUUCACUCACAUUUCAUGCGCCGCUUUUGUGCCGACGCGCGCCCACAACGGCGAGCAUGCGUUUGGUACGCGUAUCGCUCGCCCAUGGAUUUGUCCUCUCCGCCUUUCACGCCAAAGAAGCACGCAGCGGCAGAGCAGAGCCGCACGAUACGCGACCUAAUCCGGUUUUGCUCCUCUUGCCGCGAUUUGUGCUUGUAUCUAUGGUGCACAUUUUAAGCAUCGGGUGCAGGUAUAGUGACGAGAAUGCGCUUCCGUGGUGCAUGGCGCCACUGCUGCGCACGCACCGCCAGUGGCAAAAGCAGCUGGAUCUGCUUCACCUGGCACUCCCGGCGGUACUGCUGCACAGUACCGAGGUGCUUCUCAAGGCGCUCAUGCAGCUUGCGCUGCUUGCGACGCAACUCGCCGUGUGUGUGUUUGUUACGAUUACGCACAGCACAUGCUGGUUUAUUGCGCCACGCAGGGCGCGCAAUGCCGAUACGAAUCGUAUAUUGUAA